AUGUCUGUGGUGGCUUCGGCUGCUACUGCUGCUGUUGGAGUUGGGGCGGUCGCCUUGUUCAGACUAAACAGGCUGCCUUCUUCUCCCUCCACCUCUUCCUGCUCUUCAGCAGCUGCUGCUUCCCAUCUUCCACGCUCACACACCGCCAAUACCUCCUCCAGUGUGGUGGAAAUUCUUGAACAGAGGGGUCUGCUGGAAUCUCUCACCAGCGAUAGUCUCAGGUCCAUCUGCUCCUCCUUUGCCCCUAAUCAACCACCUCUUCGAGUCUACUGUGGUUUCAACCCCACCGUCGACAGCCUCCACCUCGGCAAUCUCCUUGGUAUUAUUGUUCUCUCUUGGUUCCUCCGCUGCAGUCACCGUGCUGUUGCCCUCAUUGGGGGAGCCACCGGCCGCAUAGGUGACCCUUCUGGCAAGAGUUUCGAAAGGCCUAAGCUUGACCUUGAAACCCUCCAGAAGAACAUUUCUGGGAUUUUCGCCACCAUUCGGGGAUGCAAUUUAGGGUUUCUUGAAACUUUGAGAGCCAAAGGUGAAAUGUGUAUUUUGGUGGUUGUCCAUUCCUUUUACUUUCAACGGGUAAUGAAAUGUGUUUCCGGUUUUGCCCCUAAAAAUAUGACCAUGUGA